CUUCUUGAAACUCAUUUGAAUUCUCUCCUCUUGACAACAUGUGUUGCAAGUACUACCGCAACUCCUGUGGCUGCGGCUGUGGCUAUGGCUCCAGCUAUGGCUGUGGCUAUGGAACUGGCUAUGGAACUGGCUACGGCUGUGGAUUUGGCUCCUGUUAUGGCUGUGGCUAUGGAACUGGCUAUGGAACUGGCUACGGCUGUGGAUUUGGCUCCCGUUAUGGCUGUGGCUAUGGAACUGGCUAUGGCUGUGGGUAUGGCUGUGGAUUUGGCUCCCAUUAUGGCUGUGGCUAUGGAAGUGGCUAUGGCUGUGGGUAUGGCUGUGGAUUUGGCUCCCGUUAUGGCUGUGGCUAUGGAACUGGCUAUGGCUGUGGAUAUGGUUCUUGCUCUAGCUGUGGAUACGGAUCUGGCUCUGGCUACUGUGGCUACCGGCCAUUUUACUUUAGAAGAUGCUAUUCUUCUUGCUGCUAAAGCAUCACUAUCAGAGGACCAUUUGCUUCUAAAAUGACUCUCUAAAGAUAAUGCUGAUUCAAGGAUUAAUACUCCAAGAUUCCUGUAUCCAAGACAUUACAUGCUUGAGAGAGUCUUGGGCCUCUAGCCUCAUGUUUCUUUGACUGAAAGUCAUGGCCAUAAGAUCCAUGAUAUAAUCUGACUGUUUUCCCAAAUGUUAUCGUUUGCUCCCUUAAUCUGAUUCUCUGUUGUGACUGUGUUAAUGAUCAGAACAUCUACAGUUGGGGAAGUCAAUCAUUUGCAAUAAAAAUGGUUCUUUGUUUCUAAAAA